GCGAGAGAGUCGUUGUGAACGGCUGUGAGCUGUUCCUCUAAAUAUUCGAUGUGCGAAUUGAAUGUAAACGCGAAUAAUACAAAAUUGCACGACGGAAAUAAUCAAAUCAUAUAUAUAACAAAUAAAAUAAUAACAAAGAAUAUUGCCUUUGUAAACGAAAUACGAGCACAAUAAAUUGUCAAUUAGAAUAUAAAGAAAAGGAUAACGGUCCAUAUAUGACAACAUGAAUUUACUGCUGGAGCUUAACUUCAAACAAAAAAAUGCCACCAGAUUCUUUACAGUGCUUGGAGGCUUUCUAACAUUUUUAUUAAUUAAAGAUAAUGCUAAGUUAAGUCUGCUGUUAGGAGCCAUAUUGGCUCUAAUGCUGAAGAAUCCCACGUUUGUAUAUGCCUUCUAUAAUACCAUGGGAAGAGAUACAAUAACUGGCUAUCGCUGUGCUAAAAUGACUAUCUUUCUUUAUCUGAUGGAGCGAAAAAGGUGGUCCAUGGCCCGCAUAUUUCAGGAGAAUUGCAAAAGACAUCCAGAAAAGGCAUGCUUUCUCAUCGACAAUCGUCAGAUGACAUUCCAGGAUGUCGAGGAUUACAGUAAUAAAGUUGGUUCAUAUUUCAAAAGUAAAGGUCUCCGAAGGGGUGAUUGUGUGGCAGUGCUGUUGGAGGGUCGCCCUGAAUAUGUUUGCCUUUGGUUGGGUCUAUCGAAAAUUGGUGUUAUCAGUGCUUUAAUCAAUACCAACCAAAAAAGUGAACCAUUGCUGCAUUCCCUUAAAGUAGCCAAUUCUAAAGCCAUUAUUGUGGGUACUGAGCUUACGAAUGCUCUAAGUGAAAUCCGCAAUCAUGAAGAUAUCAAAUCAUUGCCUGUUUAUCAAUUUAGUGAUGAGGAGCAAAGAACCAACGCUAAUUUAGAUCUUAUGAAAGAUGCCAUUGACUUGACGGAGGAGUUAAAAAAUCAGAGACCUGAAAAUCUCGCCGCUGACAUUAGCCAAUGUGAUCAUAAAGAUAAACUCAUGUAUAUUUACACUUCUGGAACCACGGGCUUGCCAAAGGCAGCAGUCAUUACAAAUCAAAGAUAUCUUUUUAUGACCACAGCUUCCACACAUGUGAUUGCCAUCAAGGAAAAUGAUAUAAUCUAUAAUCCCUUGCCACUAUAUCAUACUGCAGGCGGUGUUGUGUGCAUAGGAAUGGCCUUGGUGCAUGGCUGCACCAUAGCCUUGCGUCGGAAGUUUUCAGUUUCCAACUUCUGGAAAGAUUGCAUCAAAUUCAAUGCUACUGCCGCCCAACACAUAGGUGAGCUAUGCCGAUAUUUGUUGAGUGCUCCAGCAAGGCCCGAAGACACCCAACACAAGUUGCGUCUCAUGUACGGCAAUGGUUUGAGGGCCCAGAUAUGGUCCCAAUUUGCUACACGUUUCAACAUUCCUUUUAUAGCCGAACUAUAUGGCUCCACCGAGGGAAAUGCCAAUUUAGCAAACGUAAGCAAUCAAGUGGGUGCUAUUGGUUUCAUACCCAUACUGCUGCGCAACAUAAUUCAUCUCCAAGUCAUACGUGUCGAUGAGGAGACGGGUGAGCCCAUUCGCAAUGCCAAAGGCUUUUGUAUUCGCUGCAAUCCCGGUGAGACUGGUUUAUUCAUUGGUAAAAUCGAUCCAAGCAAAGCCAUCACCAACUUUAGUGGCUAUGCCGAUAAAGGUGCCUCUGAAAAGAAACUGCUGCACAAUGUUUUCAAGAAAGGGGACGUUUACUUCAAUUCGGGCGAUAUGCUUGUUGGAGAUUUACUGAACUUUUACUACUUUAAGGAUCGGACGGGUGACACUUUCCGCUGGCGUGGUGAAAAUGUCUCCACCCAGGAAGUCGAAGGAAUCAUUACAAAUGUGAUAGGGCUGCAGGACUGUGUGGUUUAUGGGGUCGAGAUUCCCCACAUUGAGGGUAAGGCAGGUAUGGCAGCCAUUGAAGAUCCCGAACAUAAGACUGAUUUCCAACAUUUGUCGGUUGGCAUACGUGCCAGUCUACCUCCCUACGCUCGUCCUCUGUUUGUGCGGGUCAUGAAGGAAAUACCCCGCACGACCACCUUCAAAAUGAAGAAGCGUGAUCUGAUGUUAGACGGUUUCGAUAUGCACAAGAUAACCGAUCCUCUCUACUACCUCAACAGUGAUGGUAUAUAUCGCCCCCUGACCUCUGAGCAAUAUGAUGCCCUGCAAAAUGGCACGGCAGGACUUUAAGGAGCCCAAAUGUCAUCCAGGCAUUUAGUCACAUAUGUAUAGUCUUGUUUUAUACUUUUGUACAUUAUUUAAGAUCUCUAGAUGUUAAUUCAUAAUUUUGCCAUAUUUCUACUAUAAACAUUGUACAUUAAAAUUUCUAUAUCCUAAAAAUGAGAAAGACCUAUAGAACCUUUAUUGAUGCCAUUAUUGUAAUACUGUCCUUAUAGCUUAUACGUAAAUAUUUACUUUAAGUUAAGAA